AUGAGCUCUCUCCUGUUCCUAGUAUUAGUUGUAUACUUCAAAUAUACAUCUGCUUCCCAGACCACUGACUGUCUGCACCUGAGAGAGCAAUGCAUUCGUGCUGCAAAUGGAUGUGAAAGUGUCUGGAAUGUAAUUGAAGAUGCCUGUAAUAUUUCAGGUAACAGCUGCAAAGCAAAAGAUUCAGUUGGCUGUAAUACAACCAUCCAAUUCCUGGCUGACCAGUAUCCACAAUUUAAAGACUGUAUCUGCACCAAAGAUGAUUUUUGUAGCAUCAAACUGUUGCUUGGGAAACAAUGUGCUGUUAAAAAAGGGCAUUUGGAGCCUUCACUAAGCCCAGCUAUCCAAUUAAAUUUCAUGUCGCACUCAAAAUCCAAAGGCAUUCAACGCACCGGGGAAUCAGAAAAUGACUGCAGUAUUGCAAAGCAAAACUGUCGAGAAGACCAUAACUGCUUUAUGAUGUAUAAGAACUUUCAAAGAGUUUGCAGAGCAGAGGUGGCAAAAUGCAGCCUCCAAAUGGUUGGGCAACAAUGUUUGUCAGCGUGGAAGGAGCUGAGGAAAACAGUGCUGGGGAACUGCAAGUGUUCAGAACCAAUUCAAAAAAGAUGUGCUAAAAUAUGGAAGAGUAUCUUUAAUAACACUUGUUUACAGUACAUGCAGGAGAAUCAAGCUUUUACUAUGAGGGAAGAAGACUAUGAUGAUGAGAGAAAUCAGGGCAUUCAUCCAGAUAAUAUUAACAUGGAAACUAAGUUACAAUGGAACUUAUCUGCUCUUUCCAAACUUGAAUACACAGAGAAUGGAACCUGUUUUGAUGUAAACAAGGGGUGUAUUGAAGAUGAAGUAUGUAAUAAACAGUUAUCUCUGUACCUCAAAGUUUGUUCAGUAACUAGAAAGCAGUGCAACAUGGAACAAUGCCAAGCAGCCAUAAGGUUCUUCUAUCAAAAUAUGCCUUUUAAUGUUGCCCAGAUGUUGACAUUUUGUGACUGCACCCAGCCUGAUGAAUCUUGUCAGCAAGCCAAAGAACUUCUUCAUGGCAAGCCGUGUGCAGUCAACAUAGUUCCCCCUCCUUCGUGUCUAAAUGUAAUUCACAGGUGCCAAGACAAUGAAUUGUGCAGGAAAAAAUAUGAAGUGUUUUGGUCAAAGUGCUGGAGACACGUGACAAAAAGAUGCUAUGAUGAUAAAGCUUGCCUUGAAACUUUAAUUGAGGAUGAUUUGAUUUGCUCUGGAAGUGCUGACUGCAGAGCAGCUUACAUUGACAACUGGGGCACCAUGCUUCGUGUGGAAUGCACCUGUAAUACUGUCCCACUAGCUGAACAGUCCUUGUGCAAGCUCUUCCAUCACCUGCUUCACAGCAAGUCCUGCUUCAGUCGGAUUUCAAGAGGAAAGACAGACCUUCAGCGGAUACAUACUGAUAUGCCAGGAGAAAAGCUUCCCAUAACAAGGUUGCAUUCUUUAUUUAAUGGUGAAACAAUCUAUAUUAUUGCGUAUACCUCUUGCAUAGUACUCAUCCUGGGAAUAGUCUUGGUGGCUCUUCUAAAGACCAGAACCUGCAGAGCAACGUAUCCAUCAAGAAACCCCUCACCAGUUCAUUCAUCUGAGAUUCUUAUGGUCCAUUAGCAGUCAUAGAUAAUCAACAUUGUGGCAUACUCUCUUUGAGGCUAUUCUUGGUAGCCAGCCU